AUGGAAAACGGCUAUUCUUGGCACAUCGCCGUCAUAUUCACAUUCGGAGAAACGGCCGGCUCUGGCUUGGUGGCCCUCCCAAAUGCAAUGCUCUCACUAGGUCAGUUUCCUGUUUCUGCUACUGUCUAGUUCACAUUGUUUCAGGUUUUGUGGGAGGAAUAAUAACACUUGUGGUGAUGUGUUUGAUCCCUUUCUACACGGCGACACUACUAGGCAACAAUUGGAUUAUUAUGAAGACACGGUAACUGAAGAUCUUGGUGUGAACGUGUACAUUCAAGAGCUUUAGAUGGAGUGAAUACUCGGAGCACUGCAGGAAUCCGUACCCGGAAAUGGCGCAGAAAGCACUCGGAGACUGGAUGGGGUACGUUCCCGACUACCGUGAAUACUGUAAUAGAAGGGCACCCAGUACAGCUCAUUCAAAACAAUAUAUCUCAAUUGUCAGUAGAGAUAUAAAAAAGUUUUCAACUAAUAAAAUGUACACAAUUUUAUAGUAAACAUUUUAUUAGUUGAGAACUUUUUGAUAUCUCCAAUGGCAACUGAGAUACAUCUUCUUGAAUAGACGAUGAUCAUUUUAAGGCACAUCACCAGUUUCUGCACCUACCUGACCGUGUUCGGCGGCGGCGCAGUCUUCUCUCUCCUCGCCGCCAAGACUCUUUCCGAAGUGCUGACUGGAUUCGGAAUCGGAGCAUCAAUGUGCUCGACUCUUCUCGCGGUCGGAGUCAUUCUCUGGCCGUUCGUGAUGCUCAAAAGUCCGAUGCACUUCUGGUAAGUGGCCCUGAUUCCAGUUCAUUUCUUGAGAAUCCGACUGCAGGCAAGUGUCGAUCGUGGCAGCCGUGUCCACUUUGACUGCCGUCGUACUCAUCCUUCUCGGCUACUUUCUCGACGCGAAAGGAUGUCACGAGGUAGCCCUCUCUCUCUCUCUCUCUCUCUCUCUCUCUCUCUUCCCUUCCCUCCACAAUCUUCUUCAGUUCGCCGCCUACCCCGAUUUCAACCCCACUUCCGCUUCCAACAGCCUGGCUACUAUCAUUUUUGCGUAUGGAGGACAUCCAUGCAUUCCAACUAUUGUACACGACAUGAAGACUCCGCAACACUUCUUCCGAUGCUUCCUCUUGAGCUAUAUUGGUGAGUCGCUUCGAUAGAUUCUCUCCAAGUGCUCCAAUUUCAGCGCUCUUCCUCCUCUACACCCCGAUUUCGCUGUUCGGCUUCUGGAUCUACGGAGACAGUGUGACUGAUUCUGUGAUCAGUUCGAUCCAGAAUGACUCUCUCCGUCGCGCCAUCUCCAUUCUCAUCGCAAUCCACGUCUUCUUCUCCAUUCUCAUCAUCGUCAAUCCGCUUCUGCAAGCCUCCGAGCAAGUGUUCCGUGUCAAACAAGGUUCGAAUACUCAGGUUGCCCUCUUAUCGAUUGUCUUUAGAGUUCGGACUCGGUCGGUUCACCAUCCGAACCGUCGUCUUCUGGGUGAUCAUCCUCAGUGCCGCAUCCGUUCCCAACUUUGGAGUCGUCGUGAAUCUCGUGGGCGGAUCCACUCUGCCCCUUCUAGUUCUCAUCUUUCCUCCGUUGUUUGCAAUGUGUUUGGAAGUGAGACAGCGGUUGGAGGAGGACGGAGCCAAACAGGAGUUCGGACUCGCAUCGUGAGUACCUAACUUGUACAGUUUCAUGACGCUCAUUUGAGUUAGGAUUGACUAAAAGACUAAUUUGUGAUAGAGUGUAUUAUCAGAAAUGAACAACCACUAUUUUCAGAAUCUGGAAGUACCACCCAAAGCCCCGCCUCCUUCUCGACGUCCUAAUCUUCGGUAAUUCGCUGCCUGCCAAUCCGCUUCUCCCGAAUCCUCAUUUUCAGUACUUGGCUUCUACGUGAUGUUCCACUCGACAUUCCACUCCGUCUCCUCCCUCUUCUUCUCUCCGAAUCCGCCGACCCGUUCGUGCUUCUCCACGUGGCUCUCCUCUUCUGAAUCCGUUCAGAAUCUCACUCUCUCCUCCCCAUCUCAUUCCAGCCAUUUCCAAUGUUGUGGCGCUUUCCGGAACGUCUCGCUUUCAGAGACCAAAUCAUGUUUCUAA